AUGAGCUGGAGGAUGGACAGUGUGUCUCCUGAGUCCACUGUGACGUCCCUCCUGUCCUCCUCAGGACGUCUGACUGAGCUGAGGGAGUCCUUCACUUAUAAAGACAUGGAGUAUGACUCUGCCUCCGCCGCUCUUGACGCUUACAUCACAGACUUCGAACGCCGUCGUCAUGGAGACUCACAGAAGAGGGCGGGGCCAUGGCUGUCUAACUCCUCCCACCGCAGGUCUACACUGAGCGCGCUCAGGAAUCGUGACGUUCUGCGUGAGCGUCUGUCAGAGGAGGAGCUUCACUUCCUGUCGCUUCCUGUCAGCUCGCUCUGUCACCGUGACAACCGGGAUCGGGUCUCCAUGACAACAGACGAACUUCUCAACCUCCCCAACGACGGAUCCAUGCCGAUAACACACACCACAGCUGUGAUACACGGAAUCUUGGCAAAGCCUGGACCCUCCCACAUCUGCAGCCAGAGCCCCGCCCACAGGGCCAGCCAGCCAAUCAGAGCUCUGCACUGCUCCAGAUGUGGUGCUUUGCGGUCACAGAAGAGGACCUCACUCCUGAAGGGGGCGGGGCCUUCAUCUACGCCGCGCUGUGAUUGGCCUGCUAGCAGGAACCAGGCCAACAUGCACCUUCCCCAUUGGUUGAGCUCUAACAAGUCUGCGCUCGAGCUAUCGGACGAGAUCAGCCUCCCGGAGUUCUCCUACCCGCCCUGGAUCCACUGCACCAGCCAAUCAGAGUGCGGCUACAGAGGCCAGGGCCAAUCAGAGAGCGGCUACAGAGGCCAGGGCCAAUCAGAGAGCAGCUACAGAGGCCAGGGCCAAUCAGAGAGCAGCUACAGAGGCCAGGGCCAAUCAGAGAGCGGCUACAGAGGCCAGGGCCAAUCAGAGAGCAGCUACAGAGGCCAGGGCCAAUCAGAGAGCGGCUACAGAGGCCAGGGCCAAUCAGAGAGCGGCUACAGAGGCCAGGGCCAAUCAGAGAGCGGCUACAGAGGCCAGGGCCAAUCAGAGAGCGGCUACAGAGGCCAGGACCAAUCAGAGAGCGACUACAGAGGCCAAGGCCAAUCAGAGAGCAGCUACAGAGGAGGCACAGAGGAGCACACAGAGGAAACCCUGAGGAGUCUGCGCCUCCAGUUCGCUGAGCAUAUUUCACACAUGGUGACAGACCGGAGCAGCUCUGCGGAGUGGGGCCUCAGAGACUCAGCGGUGGAGUCUCUAAUCCUGAAGGCCGACCGGCUCCUGGACUCACUGCAGAGCUCAGCCUCAGCCACUCCAGUCCCCCCGCAGGCCCCAGGUCCAGAGUCCCCAAGACCAGACCUCCCAGACCCAAGUCUCACAAGACCAGACCUCCCAGAUCCAGAGCCCCCAAGACCAGACAACCCAGGUCCAGACCCAAGUCUCACAAGACCAGACCUGCCAGAUCCAGAGCCCUCAAGACCAGACAACCCAGGAAGUCCAGACAGAUUCCAGGACCUGAGGGAGGACCAGGACCUGAGUGAACCCCAGGCUCAGCCUGGUCCUCUGGAGGCCUUUAAGCAGAUGCUGUUCAGACUGGAGCGAGUGGAGACACAGCUGCAGAGACAGGGGGCACCAGAGAGCAGCUCGCAGACUGCAUACAGGCUCCAGGAGAAUCCAGAGACUGAAGAUCAGGAGGCCUCACUGAACAGAGCACUGCAUCAUCUGAGGAGACUGAAGUGUCUGGUCCAGAGCUCCGAGACCUGA